CCGCCAAGAUCUUUGGGGCCAGGAUCCUCAACCACCUUCUGCUCUUCAUCAACCAGACACUUAACUCACACCGGGAGCUUCUGAAAGAUUUCCAGGAGGCUGCCCCACCUUUCAGGGGAGAAGUCUUGUUUGUGGUGGUGGAUGUGGCUGGAGAGAAUGACCACGUGCUGCAGUACUUUGGCAUGAAUGCCACAGAUGCCCCGACUCUGCGAUUUAUCAAUGUUGAGACCACCAAGAAGUAUGUGCCCAACACUGAGGAGGAGAUCACAGCUGCUUCUAUUACCACCUUCUGCCAAGACAUCCUUAGUGGCAAAGUCAAGCCCCACCUCCGGAGUCAGGAGAUCCCAGCAGACUGGGACCAGAAACCUGUCAAGGUUCUUGUGGGGAAGAAUUUUGAACAAGUAGCCUUCGAUGAGACGAAGAAUGUGUUUGUGAAGUUCUAUGCCCCAUGGUGUACACAUUGUAAGGAGAUGGCCCAGACCUGGGAGGACCUAGCAGAGAAAUACAAGGACCAUGAGGAUAUCAUCAUUGCUGAACUUGAUUCCACAGCCAAUGAACUAGAAGCCUUUGCCAUCCGGGGCUUCCCCACCCUGAAAUAUUUCCCAGCUGGGCCAGACCGAAAGGUGAUCGAGUAUAAAAGUGCCAGGGACUUGGAGACCUUCUCCAAAUUCUUAGACAAUGGUGGUGUCCUGCCGGAGCCAGAGCAACCUGAGGUCCCCCUCCCGGAGGCUGGAACCAAUGACAGCAAAGCACACAAAGAUGAAUUGUAGUUGGCCACUUCCCUCUCCUCAGUCACGCAUCUCAGAGGUCCUGGAGAAUUCAGAACUUUUAAGUUAAAUCACCUUGACCCUUAACUUCCUUCUGACAAAGCUGCUCUUCCUUUCUCACUCUCUUAGGCACCUAAGGAAGGUCUCCUGCUCCCUUCCCCACCUCUUGGUCUUUUGGGUAGGGUUCCUGGGGGGAACAGCAGGCAGAGAUGUGAGAAAUGGGGGAGAAGUCUGACCUGGGUGGAGAACAGAUGACACCAAGAUAAUAAAGGUUUAAU